AUGGCUUAUGUCGCUCAUCCCUACGCCGCUGCAUCCGCGAGCAGUAGCACAACCGCAUCCACGAUUACACGCCACAAGCGACCCACAAUAACGACGCCAUCCAUUUCUCCAAGCUCCUUUCUGGAUGCGACCUCACCCACUCGCUCUCCAUCGCCGAUCGUCUUUGCUCGUGCCAGCGUCGUUUUUCCACACCCCUCUGCUUCCACAUGCGGCAAUCAUCCCGAAUUCGCAACUGCACGGGAAAAGGAGAAAGAAAAGAGAGACCGAAGACGAGGUCUUAUGGCAAAGGAACGCGUUGUACACGCAGGUCUAGACGCCUUGCUACGCGCACCAGAGGCUGCUCCACGCAGUGCCCCGAAGCCGCGUGCUCCACACUUAGUCCGUUCGCCGACGAGUUUCAGCGUUGCACCAGUCAUUGAGCACUCAGAGUGCAGCUCCACGACACGCAAGAGCUGUGACAGUGUCAGGUCUGGACGUUCAAGUGCUGGUAGUCCCACGCCGAGUUCGGGAUCUGGCUCUGCGCCCUCAACGCCUGGCCAACCCCGCACGCCUGUGUCAAUCGAGUUUGACGCCGGUUAUACUUAUCCAUCUAUCCCACCUUUGACAAUUUGCAAGAUGAACCGCACUCCAUCACCCUCCCCUCCUGUCAAGCAUCUAUCUUCCUACGUGCCUUCUCCAACGGCCAAGACGACAGAAAAUGACCCGAUUGCAAGGGCUAACAAACGGCGAAGCCGCCGAUUUAGUGCACGAAUGGCAACUGCUGCGCGUGUUGAACAGGUAUUUGCGCCGCUCGAAAUCGACACAGCUGCUGCUCGUUCUCUCGACCUGUCGCUGGAGUCACCACGGGGCAAGCCCACUCUUACAGGUGUCCUUGCAGAGCUUGAACGUGAAGCAGAGGCCAUCCCGCCUGUACCAAGUCUCACUGCUGCAACUAUGCCUAACAAGCAGGAAGAUAAUGAUGCCGAGAGCGAAUGGCUCGACAUCGAAGAUGACCCUCUUGCAGAUGCCGAAUUCUAUCGUGCAGACAUUGCCUCUCAUCUCCAGCUCUUUUCCUCAAGUUACUCCUUCCCUCCUACCACGCGCAAAUCGUCUUACUCGCGUCAUCAGCGGAAUGGCUCCUCUUCCUCGUCGGUAUCGCAUUGGCAGCUCCCACCUGCAAGACCGGAUUCCCUUCCACCGCCGCCUCAUUUCCUUCCCUCUUUACCUGAGCCUGCCACUGACUUUGCUGCGCCUGUUCUAUCAUCCGAACAAACACAAUACUCAUCUCUCCGGCGAGCUUCGGCCUCAUCUCUUGCAUCAACUAAUUCUGGGCGUUCUGUGCGAUCGACGGGUUCCGCAUCUGGUAAAUCCAAACGACGUGGUUCAAGAAACUCGAGGCAUUCAAUUGCACGUCGGAGUGCUGCAGUAGGAAUUGGUCGUCGGCGGAAUAGUGGUAUUCUUGGCGGAACUAGGCCUUCAAGGACGACCAAGGAGAAGCAGCAAAGACGACCUGGUCCGAGUGCAUUGCUCGAUCCGACAUUUAUGGAGGUUGAGGAGACUGUCGAAUGUACAAGGCCACCUCCAAGGUUUUCGAUGCCAGUAAGCAUUGACGACGACGUUUUCGACGAUGAUGUUGCCGUUAUCGGUACGAGAGCCAAUAAUGGAAUGGGGAAACUGGUCGAAGAAGACGAAGACGAUGAUUAUUUACUUGAUCCGUUUCUCCUUGACAAGUUUCCAGUCAUUAACGCCUCCAGCUCCGCGCCUCAGGAAGAAGUAGUUGAUCCAUUCACCAUGCCAAUACGGACUGCAGAUGUUCCCAUCUCCCCUUCGUCCUUCUCACCUCUCUCGCCUAGUCCUCAAUCCCAUCUUGAGCCUCAACCAUUCCUCCUUGUCCCCGACUCGCCAAGUGCUCCAUCUUUCCCAAAAAGCGGGUCUUCAACAGGUACCUUCGACGCUGAAUCGCUUUAUUCUUCCUACGCCGCCAUGUCCCCUCCUCCGUCGACGGAUUAUUCAGGUGCUUCAGAUUCAAGUAGCAUUCGAAAAACCAGUGCAUCAAGCAUUUACUGCGAUGCAUCUGGUCGACCUCUGCAAUCCCGUUGGUCUGUCAGCACGUUCGCAUCCACCGUUCCUGCCACAGCUUCCUCCUCUCGCUCCUUCUUCCCAAAACUCACGACUGUCCCGUCUCGUCUCUCAGCGCGUCUCAAGGCAGCUCGUGAACGUGCCAUGCAGCAAGCCCGAGAACGUGAAGAACGAGAAAAGGAGAAGCCAGCAGUUGUUCGUCCUUAUCCGUUCUUCCCUACACCUCAGCCCGUCGAGCCAAAGAGGAAGGCGCCCGGCCCGUAUGUGCCCAAGCCGGAGCUUAUGCCAGCCUCGCAGAGGGCGAAGCUGGCGACGGAGUCAUCUAAUGCUAGUACGGUUACAAGCUUGCGUUCACCAAGGACCUCGAGCUCCAGAGGUUCGUCACGGAAUAGUUCCGAGACGGAUGGCACAUGCGUGCCGUCCCCGCCUCCCAAAGAUAGACCCGAUGGCAAGGAGAGAGUAAAAUAUGUCGAAAGCCCAGCAUACAAAACGCAAUUCGCACAAUACCACACACACAAGCACUCCCCUGCCCAUGCCGCUCAUGCUACACCGUCUCCAUCGCGUUCCGUGAAGUCUAGGAACGGUUCAACGGACUCGCUUUCGGCAUUCCCUUUUACGUUAGGUGGUGAACGACUUAGCUUGUCUGGUUCCAGAGCAAGUUCCGAGGCGACGCGAGAGCGGACGAUUAGUGGUGGGAGCGAUACGAGCUCGGGUUUACGGAGAAAACCCAUUCCUGUAGAGCUCUUCUCGCGAGCGUGAAAGUCUCACUCAUCCCACUCUCCUAUCUGGAAAGACUUCCUCAUUUGUUCUUGAUUCACGAGUAUUUCUAUUCAGUACUAUAUUCGUCCUUUAAAUCCAGACCACUUUGUAGCAUUUGUACCAAUUUUUUCACUUGCAAACAUUAUAUAUUUUUACUGGCAUUUCGAUCUCUUGAAUUGACUUUUGUUUCACAAUCACAAAUUUUCAUUGGGUGGUCAAGUCAUUAGUAUUGUAAAUACCUACAACAUGAUCGUAAUGAUACACACGAGGCCG